AUGGCGUCGCAGGGAACAGGCUACGACCUGUCUGCAAGCACAUAUUCGCCAGAUGGGCGCAUCUUCCAAAUUGAGUAUGCGACCAAAGCGGUGGAAAAUGCCGGCACAGCCAUCGGUGUGCGGACAAAAGAUGGCGUCGUGCUGGGCGUUGAGAACCUGAUUCACUCCAAGCUACUCGUCCCUGGUUCGAACAAGCGAAUUUUUGGCGUAGACAAGCACAUCGCCUUGACGUCAGCUGGUCUUACCGCCGAUGGCAAGCACUUGGCUGGGCGUGCGCGUGAAGAAGCCGCGAACUUUUUCGACAACUACAAGCAAAAGACACCUGUCAAGUCGCUCGCAGAGCGGAUUGCACUGUACAUGCAGGCAUUUACACUGUACUCAUCUGUGCGCCCAUUUGGCGCCGCUGCGAUCCUUGGUGGCGUCGACGAAAUGCACGGUCCACAGCUCUUUCUCGUGGAGCCGUCCGGCAUGUUUUGGGGUUACCACGGCUGUGCCGUAGGUAAAGGCAAGCAAUUUGCAAAGACUGAGAUCGAGAAACUUGAACUUGACCAGAUGUCCAUGGAAGAGGCCGUCAUUGAGGUCGCGCGCAUGUACGUAUCGUUCCGCCCACUUCCCUCCUUCACGCGCCCUUCCCUUUCUCCCCUUUACUUCCGCAUGGAUACUGACAGCGCGCUACAGCAUCUACAAAGCACAUGA